AAAAUGUUUGCAUCAACACUCAAGCUUUCCUUACUGCUAAAGAAGAACAAGCUUCCAUCAUCAUACUACAAAAACAAUUUCUUCAACUUCUUUUACAGCAACAAUCAACAACAUUGCUCCUUCUCACAUAAUAUUAACCACAUUACACAACAUCAAGAGAAGGCUUGUUCCGAUAAUGAUAAUUCUUCUCCCUCAUCUUCAUCUAGAGAAAAACUCAGAGACAUGAUACAACAAUAUUCUCACUCGAUACCUGAUCACUUGGUAAGGGCUUCCUCACGAAUGAAUCCAGCAGCAACCACUGUAGCUACAGAACAACAUGAAAUCAACAAGUCGAGAAAACUCUCCAUCGAUCUUCCAAUGGAUCCAAAGAAGCCAUACGGAGACAAUAUUCAAAUGAAGGAAAUCAAGCUGAGGAAACAAAAGACCACUCUCGAACUCCACUUUACUAUCAAUAAUCCACAAUCACUAGUAGUAACAAGUCUGUUGGCAGAAUUUCUACGAGUGGAGAGUCCCUCUGCUGAAGUACAAGGUGAGGGAGGACAGAAACGACUUGUCUUUGGAAAGAGAGGAAUUAAAAUAUCGAAUAUUGAAAUGGUUGGAACAAAUCGUUUGGAUUAUGAAGAGAAGGAUCAAAAACACUGUGGUGGAAACUCUCUUGCCGAACAAGAAUUGAAGAGAUUAAAGUUUCACUCACCACCAUCACACACUUUGAGUGUUUACGGUUCAUCCAUUAUUGUAGAUGAUGAGGACAGUAGUGAUAUGAAAUCGGAGACUUUUAAAGGAAUUUACUAUGAUGAUUUGCCACCAACUGACAAGGAUUUUAUUGCUUGCAUUGGAUCAAAGGAUGGUGAUAUGUGUUAUCUGACGUUUAUGGAAGAAGACAAUGAAAUUAAACCUCUCGAUAAUGUUUCCAGUAAAUUAAAUAUUGGAAGAAGUUUUCUCAAAACACCUUUCAACGAUCUAUUGGAAGAUGUCAAAAGGAUCAGAUACGAGACUGAAAUUAAAAAGAAGGCAAGAGAAAAUUUAAAGAGUAAAGAACAAGUAUCAUCCAAACAUGACAAUGAUGGAGAUGUGGAAAUUGUAGAUACAAAACCAAAAAAGUUUGAACUAUUGGUCGACAAGUAUUCUCCAAAGUCAUACUUGGAUCUCUUAACUGAUGAUUUUCAAAAGAAGCAAACUAUUGGUCCUGAACACAAGAUUCUCCUCAUUGCUGGACCUCCUGGUAUUGGUAAAACUACUCUUGCUCACAUUGCAGCCAAGCAAGCAGGUUAUGAACCAAUUGAAGUGAAUGCAUCUGAUGAUAGAUCUAAGGAAAAACUCAUUCCAGAAAUUCAAAAAGUCACACAAAUGCAAACAGUCUUUGGAAGUAAAAAGCCAAAGCUAUUGAUUUUGGACGAAAUUGAUGGAGUGCACAACUCUGAGAACAAGUCGGUUGUUUCUGAAAUUUUAAAAAUUGCCUAUCCAAAAGUAUCCAAAGAAACAAAGAAGGAAAAGCCUGAAUCUUCAAAGAGUAAGAAGAACAAAUCAGGAGUUAAAGUUGAAAAGAAUAAGAAGAAGAAAGAUCCAGGACUUUUGCGUCCAAUUAUUUGUAUUUGCAAUGAUCAUUACUCACCUGGAUUGAAAGAAUUGAGACAAAGAAGUAAAUUACUUGUCUUUAGAAGAGAUGACGUCAGAACUGAUAAUACUCAAAGAAUUGUGGAUAGAUUGAGCAUGAUAUUGAAGAGGGAACAUUUAUUAAGCAGUGUGUCCAGACAUGAUUUGACACUUUUUGUAAAGGACUCUGACAAUGAUAUUCGUUCAUGUUUGAAUACUAUCCAAUUCAUGAGUUUUGACAAGUCUAAAUCUAUAACAGAAAUGAUGUCCAUCACCAAGGAUGUAAAGAAGGAUAUUUUCGAUGCCAUGAACAUAAUAUUCAAAACAAAAAAGGCAGACUCAACACUAAUCACAAAAUAUCAACAUAAUAUUUUAAGCUUGUAUAAUAACUUGUUGGGAGAGUUGGAUAAGAUGGAUAGUCUUAUGAAUGGUUGCUUUGAAAAUUAUCCUACUUUCAGUACUGGUUCAUCAAUGAAGGAUAUUUCUAAUGUUUUGGAAUGGGUUGAAUGGUCUGAUAUGUUGGAUGUUACUUCUAACAGACAUCAGGAAAGGUCACUUCAAGUCUAUCGUGUAGCUACCCUUACCAAGAUAUUUAAGGAUUGUAAAAAAUCAGGAUUUGAUAUUUCCAGUGAUUUUAUUCAAUAUCCAAAACAACAAGGUGAUUUCAAGAGAAGCUUAACACAUAAGGAAAAUAUUUUCAAGACUUUACAUUCGAAUUGUUUCACUCCAAAUACAUAUGAUAGUGAAGAUUACUCUACAUGUCCAACAGCCAUGUCAGUAAAGGAUUUGGCCACCGAUGUCUCUCCAUUUAUUUAUCAAAUCCUUUCCAACAAACACUUUGCAAAUUUGAACAGCGGAUCAGCACUUUCUUCCUUGGCUCAUUCUGGUAUGAAGGGUUUGAGACAACUGUUUAGAAAUGAUAUGGAAAGAUUUGCUUUUGAGAGGAUUUUGGAUAUUUGUAUUUCAUAUGGAAUUAAUGUCAAACAGACCUAUGUGAAUGAAACUCAUGAAAAUAUGAUUGAUCCUCCACUUGAUGAAGUGAGUGUGUAUCCAUCCAACCAAAAGCAAGAAAAAACCUCCCAAAAAACAAUCCCACAACCACCAAACUCAUCUACUCCAAACCAGGAAAAUAAUCCUGUUGUAAUUAGUGAGUCUUUCAAAAAGAUUAUCUCUUCCGCUCUUCACUUUGAAAAAUUAGAGAGAAAGUUCAAAAAGAAGAAUGAACAAACCAAUGAAGAAAUGUUAGAAAAGAUUAAAUCUUCUCCAAUGGCCUCUCCAAAGAAUGUCAGUGCUCAAGUUGCUAUUGAGCAAAAGAAUAGAAGACGAUCUCAACUCAAAUCAAUUCAUACCAUGUAUUUGGAAUUUCAUGAUGGUAUGACAAAUUCAAUUAGACGUCCUGCAAAAACUAGUGAGUUUUUGUAA